GUCCUAGUGCUGCAUCUCCAGAUGAAGGAGUAGUAGAAGAUCUGCCUUUAAUAGGUGAGAAAGCUGUGGAGCAACUAACCGAAGGGUUGAUUUCUCAUUACCUGCCUGACCUUCAGCGAUCAAAAUCAGCACUACAGGAACUUACACAGAACCAAGUGGUAUUACUAGAAACAUUAGAACAAGAAAUUUCAAAAUUCAAGGAGUGUAACUCCAUCCUUGAUAUCAACGCCUUGUUUUCAGAAGCUAAGCACUAUCACAACAAGCUGGUGAAUAUUAGAAACGAAAUGAUGAUGCUUCAUGAGAAGACAUCAAAGUUAAAAAAGAGAGCACUUAAGCUGCAACAAAAGAGACAGAAGGAAGAACUGGAACGAGAACAGCAACGUGAGAAGGAACUUGAAAGAGAGAAGCAGUUAACAGCAAAACCUGCUCGGAGGACGUGA